AUGGCUACGAUUACACGCAAUCCGUUGGACUCGAUGAAGUCCACCUGGCGUUCGUGGGACCGGACGCAGUGGAAUGCAGCCCACUGGCUUAUCGAAGCCCUAAACAUACACCAUAUUGAUAUUGAUAAAGAAGUUCCGGUUCACCAGAAAACGGAUAAGGUCCCUUACGCCCCAGAGCUACAAUUUCAUCGUUGGGUCCUCAUCCACGGCAGCAUCCCACUCAUCAUUCACCAACUCUACAUCAGCUAUGUCGGCCAACCCUCGGCGCUGCUGGUGUUCCUUUUCUACAGCCUGUCUUUGGAAUUGAUCGCUAUCAACGAGGUACAUGUGCUGCGCCAAGUCGGGCAUAAGAUUGGAUUCUUCGACGGCGACAAGCAUCCUCGCGAUGGUGUACCUGAUGUUGGAGUACAGAAGACCGUCCAGACACUUCUGUCAGUUAUAUUUCUACGCCCAAUGGCCACUGUGAUGUUCUCCUAUCGCGCAGAUGAAGGCCCCUCCUCGAUCCGGUGGUUGUGGCUCAUCUUUGAAACCGGCGUCUACGCGGUCGUCCUGGAUUUUUGGUAUUAUCUAUUCCACCGCUCCGCACACGAAACAACACGACUAUGGCAGUUCCACCGCAGACACCACUUGACAAAACAUCCCAAUCCUCUUCUGACCGCAUACGCGGACCUCGUACAGGAGUUCUUCGAUCUUGUCGGUACACCUCUUAUCACAUACGGCACCAUGAAGCUAAUGGGAUUCCCCAUGGGCUUCUACGAGUGGUGGAUCUGUCAGCAAUAUGUCAUCUUCACGGAGAUCCUCGGUCACAGCGGUCUGCGGAUGAUUGCCCCCGCGGUGAACCCCUGGACAUCGUUUUUAAAGCUGUUCGAUAUGGAGCUCUUGCUCGAGGACCACGAUCUCCACCACCGCAAGGGCUGGAAGAGCAGCUACAAUUAUGGUAAGCAGACGCGUGUGUGGGACCGCUUGUUCAACACAUGCACAACUCGUAUAGAGGGGCACCGGGAUAACAUUGACUAUGUCAACACUGCAAAAAUCCCGUUGUACUGA